GGAAUCUAGAACUAGUUCACCUGUCAGCCGGCGCUUAAUAUCCUAAUGACGUUAGACGAACUAAAACUUUUCUUCGUUUUGUUUUUAGUCCCAUACCUUUUAUCGACUGUUCAACGCGGAACGGCACUAGUAACCCACGCCGUAAAAAAUGAUUAUGGAACCUUUAGCGAAACGGUAUCUAUUUUCAUGGCUGUUUGUGGCUUUAAGUCUUCAGGUGUCGAGUUUACAUUUUGCAGGAGCGACUUACUACACAGCCUACCUGAACGUGUCGUUUAUUGAUCCUGCAAACAACGAAACCAUAUCGCGACAAGGGGAAAGCGGACCAACGCUAUAUGGACAAGAUUCUCCUAAAGUUACGGUGAUGGGGGACGUUUAUUUACCUGAUCCGAUUUACAGUUGCGAAAGUGAUACUUUUUAUGAUGUGCCUAGUGGGUCAAAGGGGUGGAUCGCCAUAAUUCAACGCGGCUACGAAUGUACUUUUUCACAGAAGAUCAAUGUUGCAGCCAGUAAAGGAGCUGUUGCUGCUGUAAUUUUCAAUGGUCUUGGUACAAACAAUACAGUCAUCCAAAUGUCGCACCCAGGAACAGGAGAUAUGGUUGCCAUCAUGAUUAGUCACAGACGGGGCAUGGAAAUUGUUGAGCUGAUCAGGCAAGGGAUUCCAGUCUCGAUGACCAUUGAGGUGGUCAAGCAGCAUGGUGUCUGGAUGAGCCACUACUCGGUCUUCUUCGUCUCCAUUUCCUUCUUCAUGAUAACAGCAGUAACUGUUUGCUACUUCAUCUUCUACUCGGCCCGCCGCCUCAACGUCGUUCGUCUACAAAACCUUCAACAGAAACAGCUGAAGGCAGAGGCCAAGAAAGCCAUUGGUCAGCUGCAAGUCCGGACCGUGAAACGGGGAGAUAAGGAGACUGGGCCUGACGCUGACACCUGUGCAGUAUGCAUUGACGCUUACAAGUCUGGCGACGUGCUGACCAUUCUCACCUGCAAUCAUUUCUUCCACAAGACCUGCAUUGAGCCCUGGCUAAUGGAGCACAGGACCUGCCCCAUGUGUAAAUGUGACAUACUCAAGGCCUUGGGAGUAGAGCAGCCGGAAGAGGACCAGCCCAGUCAUCAGUUGACCAUGUAUUCAGACAUGACGUCCUACCCCAGGGUUCUAGUCCCAGAGGACACCCGCAGUGAGACAGCCUCCGCAGGCUAUGCUUCUGUACAAUGCACAGAGGAGCACAGCAGCCCAGCAGAUGAGACCCACGUGUAUGAGACAUUGGGGCAACAUCCUGGCCCAGGAUCAAUCCAGGUGGACAUCUUCCAGCCCCAUUAUGACAACCUCGCCUUUGAGGGCAACUCACGAAACCAACGGGAACCCCUGACAUGAAAGGGAUGCUCACUCUAAGCACUAGACCUUGGCUAAUGGGACUUGGGCCACAAUCAAUUACAUUCGAAGAUGUUUCCUGUGGUCAUGAAGCAAGGGGAAACCAGGAAUGUGGGUCUGAUAUUAUUCAUAGGGAAAGAGGGCUUGACCGAUAUAUGCAUAUCAAUUUACAUGAAAUUGAUGAGGCAAUCCUUCGAUGCACUUGUCUGAGUUUGGAAAUGGUACUGUCCAGUUUCAUUCUGAUUUAAUUGUAUUUUUUAUAAUAUGAUUUGAUUAUGUUUUUUGAGGCUUAAUUACAUCAGUCAAUGUAUCACUUCAUCAGUUGAUGAUUUUAAAUGGUUUCAAUUUGCUAAUUUAACACCCACAGCUUUUUAACAUACUCAAUAUGCCCACACCAACAACAGAAUAGUGUGGGUGUAUUGAGUGAUGUGUAUUGAAAUGAACUCAUUCUUAGAUUACUCAUUAUAUGCCCCAUCUGAUGACACCCCCGGACAGGGCCAAACAGGAAGGAUAUAACCCCACCCACUUUGCCAAGGCACAGCCCCCACACCACUAGAGGGAUAUCUUCAACCACCAACUUACCAUCCUGAGACAAGGCCGAGUAUAGCCCACAAAGAUCUCUGCCACGGCACAACCCAAGGGGGGGGGCGCCAACCCAGACAGGAAGAUCACAUCAGUGACUCAACCCACUCAAGUGACGCACCCCUCCUAGGGAUGGUGUGAAAGAGCCAUAGUAAGCCAGGGACUCUGCCCCUGUAAUAGGGUUAGAGGCAGAGAAUCCCAGUAGAAAGAGGGGAACCGGCCAGGCAGAGACAGCAAGGGCGGUUCGUUGAUCCAGAGCCUUUCUGUUCACCUUCAAACUCCUGGGCCAGACUACACUCAAUCAUAUGACCCACUGAAGAGAUGAGUCUUCAGUAAAGACUUAAAGGUUGAGACCAAGUUUGUGUCUCUCACAUGGGUAGGCAGACCAUUCCAUAAAAAUGGAGCUCUAUAGGAGAAAGCAAUGCCUCCAGCUGUUUGCUUGGAAAUUCUAGGGACAAUUAGGAGGCCUGCGUCUUGUGACCGUAGCGUACGUGUAGGUAUGUACGGCAGGAACAAAUCAGAGAGAGAGGUAGGAGCAAGCCCAUGUAAUGCUUUGUAGGUUAGCAGUAAAACCUUGAAAUCAGCCCUUGCCUUGACAGGAAGCCAGUGUAGGGAGGCUAGCACUGGAGUAAUAUGAUUAAAGAAAUUGGUUCUAGCCAGGAUUCUAGGAGCCGUAUUUGGCACUAACUGAAUUUUAUUUAGUGCUUUAUCCGGGUGGCCGGAAAGUAGAGCAUUGCAGUAGUCUAACCUAGAAGUGACAAAAGCAUGGAUUAAUUUUUCUGCAUUUUUGGACAGAAAGUUUCUGAUUUUUGCAAUGUUACGUAGAUGGAAAAAAGCUGUCCUUGAAACAAUCUUAAUAUGUUCUUCAAAAGAAAGAUCAGGGUCCAGAGUAACGCAGAGGUCCUUCAUCAGUUUUAUUUGAGACGACUGUUACAACCAUUAAGAUUAAUUGUCAGAUUCAACAGAAGAUCUCUUUGUUUCUUGGGACCUAGAACAAGCAUCUUCUGUUUUGUCCGAGUUUAAAAGUAGAAAGUUUGCAGCCAUCCACUUCCUUAUGUCUGAAACAGAUGCUUCUAGCGGGGGCAAUUUUGGGGCUUCACCAUGUUUCUUUGAAAUGUACAGCUGUGUGUCAUCUGCAUAGCAGUGAAAAUUAACAUUAUGUUUUCAAAUGACAUCCCCAAGAGGUAAAAUAUAUAGUGAAAACAAUGGUGGUCCUAAAACGGAACCUUGAGGAACACCGAAAUUUACAGUUGAUUUGUCAGAGGACAAACCAUUCAGAGACAAACUGAUGUCUUUCCGACAGAUAAGAUCUAAACCAGGCCAGAACUUGUCCGUGUAGACCAAUUUGGGUUUCCAAUCUCUCCAAAAGAAUGUGGUGAUCGAUGGUAUCAAAAGCAGCACUAAGGACAGAUGCAAAGCCUCGGUCUGAUGCCAUUAAAAGGUCAUUUACCACCUUCACAAGUGCAGUCUCAGUGCUACAAUGGGGUCUAACACCAGCCUGAAGCAUUUCGUAUACAUUGUUUGUCUUCAGGAAGGCAGUGAGUUGCUGCGCAACAGCCUUUUCUAAAAUUUCUGAGAGGAAUGGAAGUUUCGAUAUAGGCCGAUAGUUUUUUAUAUUUUCUGGGUCAAGGUUUGGCUUUUUCAAGAGAGGCUUUAUUACUGCCAUUUUUAGUGAGUUUGGUACACAUCCGGUGGAUAGAGAGCUGUUUUAUUAUGUUCAACAUAGGAGGGCCAAGCACAGCGAGCAGCUCUUUCAGUAGUUUAGUUGGAAUAGGGUCCAGUAUGCAGCUUGAAGGUUUAGAGGCCAUGAUUAUUUUCAUCAUUGUGUCAAGAGAUAUAGUACUAAAACACUUGAGUGUCUCUCUUGAUCCUAGGUCCUGGCAGAGUUGUUCAGACUUAGGACAACUGAGCUUUUGAAGGAAUACGCAGAUUUAAAGAGGAGUCCGUAAUUUGCUUUCUAAUAAUCAUGAACUUUUCCUCAAAGAAUUUCAUGAAUUUAUUACUGCUGAAGUGAAAGCCAUCCUCUCUUGGGGAAUGCUGCUUUUUAGAUAGCUUUGCGACAGUAUCAAAAAGGAAUUUCGGAUUGUUCUUAUUUUCCUCAAUUAAGUUGGAAAAAUAGUAAGGGCUCUUUGAUACUGCACGGUACUGUCUUUCCAAGCGAGUCGGAAUACUUCCAGUUUGGUGUGGCGCCAUUUCCGUUCCAAUUUUCUGGAAGCUUGCUUCAGAGCUCGGGUAUUUUCUGUGUACCAAGGAGCUAGUUUCUUAUGAGAAAUGUUUUUAGUUUUUAGGGGUGCAACUGCAUCUAGGGUAUUGCGCAAGGUUAAAUUGAGUUCCUCAGUUAGGUGGUUAACUGAUUUUUGUCCUCUGGCGUCCUUGGGUAGACAGAGGGAGUCUGGAAGGACAUCAACGAAUCUUUGUGUUGUCUGUGAAUUUAUAGCACGACUUUUGAUGUUUCUUGGUUGGGGUCUGGGCAGAUUAUUUGUUGCAAUUGCAAACGUAAUAAAAUGGUGGUCCGAUAGUCCAGGAUUAUGAGGAAAAACAUUAAGAUCCACAACAUUUAUUCCAUGGGACAAAACUAGGUCCAGAGUAUGACUGUGACAGUGAGUAGGUCCAGAGACAUGUUGGACAAAACCCAAUGAGUCGAUGAUGGCUCCGAAAGCCUUUUGGAGUGGGUCUGUGGACUUUUCCAUGUGAAUAUUAAAGUCACCAAAGAUUAGAAUAUUAUCUGCUAUGACUACAAGGUCCGAUAGGAAUUCAGGGAACUCAGUGAGGAAUGCUGUAUAUGGCCCGUGAGGCCUGUAAACAGUAGCUAUAAAAAGUGAUUGAUUAGGCUGCAUAGAUUUCAUGACUAGAAGCUAAAAAGAUGAAAACGUCUUUUUUUUUUUUGUAAUUUGAAAUUUGCUAUCGUAAAUGUUAGCAACACCUCCGCCUUUGCGGGAUGCACGGGGGAUAUGGUCACUAGUGUAGCCAGGAGGUGAGGCCUCAUUUAACACAGUAAAUUCAUCAGGCUUAAGCCAUGUUUCAGUCAGGCCAAUCACAUCAAGAUUAUGAUCAGUGAUUAGUUCAUUGACUAUAAUUGCCUUUGAAGUAAGGGAUCUAACAUUAAGUAGCCCUGUUUUAAGAUGUGAGGUAUCAUGAUCUCUUUCAAUAAUGACAGGAAUGGAGGAGGUCUUUAUCCUAGUGAGAUUGCUAAGGCGAACACCGCCAUGUUUAGUGGCGGUGGCACAGACACGGUCUCAAUGGGUAUAGCUGAGCUGACUACACUGACUGUGCUAGUGGCAGACUCCACUAUGCUGGCAGGCUGGCUAACCGCCUGCUGCCUGGCGUGCACCCUAUUUCAUUGUGGAGCUAGAGGAGUUAGAGCCCUGUCUAUGUUGGUUGAUAAGAUGAGAGCACCCCUCCAGCUAGGAUGGAGUCAGUCACUCCACAGCAGGUCAGGCUUGGUGCUGUUUGUGGGUGAGUCCCAGAAAGAGGGCCAAUUAUCUACAAAUUAUAUCUUUUGGGAGGGGCAGAAAACAGUUUUCAACCAGCAAUUGAGUUGUGAGACUGCUGUAGAGCUCAUCACUCCCACUAAAUGACAGGCGGCCAGAGACAAUUACUCGAUGCCGACACAUCUUUCUAGCUGAUUUACACGCUGAAGCUAUGUUGCGCUUGGUGAUCUCUGACUGUUUCAAAACAAGCUCGGGCCUAGUGCGCAUAUGUUAGGAAUGGUAUUUUUAAACUUGGAAAUAGUCCUUCACGGUAUGGCAGUAAGAGCAGCUCUUUGAACCCCCAGGCUUCAUGUAAAUAUUUUCAAAUGUGUUUGAGUAACUACCUGUGCUUUGUGGGUGUGUGCCUUAAAAUUAUUCACCGGUGCAAGAUAUAAUUCCAUGCCAUCCUACUUUGAUAGGGAAAUGCUAUGAUUUCGCUGUAUUUUCAAGUAGAUUGUGCAUGCACUUUACAUUAAUGAAUUCAUUACACUUUCAAUACGUGUAUCUGUUUUUUUUUGUUCACUUGUCUUAACCUUGUUCAGCCUUUCCAGAGUAAAUGUAUAUUAUAGUAUUUUUCUUAUAUAAAGGACAAAAAGGGUAUUCUAUAUUAUAUUUUACUUAGUUACAGUGCCUUCAUACCCCUUGACUCAUUCCACAUUUUUUUGUUACAGCCUGAAUUCUAUUAGAUUUUACAUUAGAUUUUUUUUCUUAUCCAUCUACACACAAUACCCCAUGAUGACAAAGUGAAAUCAUGUUUUUAGAAAUGUUUGCACAUUUAUUGAAAAUGAAACAGAAAUAUCUAAAUAGGUAUUCACACCCCUGAGUCAGUACAAUCACCUUUGGCAGUGAUUACAGCUGUGAGUCUUUCUGGAUAAGUCUGUGUUGCACACCUGGAUUGUACAAUAUUUCCACAUUCUUUAAAAUGUUGAGCACUGUCUUUAAUUGUAUGUGUGGGGUACAGGUAGAGAUUAACAUUAUUUUUUUUAUUAAUACCUAAACACUUAUUGCGCAUGGUCCAUGCAACUUAUUAUGUGCCUUAAGCACAUGUUAGCUGAAGUUAAUGAGUAAACAUUUCAGCUUUUCAUAUUUAGUUGUAUUUUAUUUUUUGUUGUUGAAUUUUUACCCCUUUUUCUCCCCAAUUUCGUGGUAUCCAAUUUGUUGUAGUAGCUACUAUCUUGUCUCAUCGCUACAACUCCCGUACGGGCUCGGGAGAGACGAAGGUUGAAAGUCAUGCAUCCGCCGAUACACAACCCAACCAAGCCGCACUGCUUCUUAACACAGCCGGAAGCAGCCUGCUUCUUAUCCAACCCGGAAGCCAGCCGCACCAAUGUGUCGGAGGAAACACUGUGCACCUGGCAACAUUGGUUAGCGCGCACUGCGCCCGGCUCGCCACAGGAGUCGCUGGUGCGCGAUGAGACAAGGAAUCCCUACCGACCAAGCCCUCCCUAACCCGGACGACGCUAGGCCAAUUGUGCGUCGCCCCACGGACCUCCUGGUCGCGGCCGGUUACGACAGAGCCUGGGCGUGAACCCAGGGACUCUGAUGGCACAGCUGGUGCUGCAGUAACCACUGCGCCACCCGGGAGGCAGUAUUUAAAAAAAAUGUUUUUAUACAUAUUUCUAAUUUGACAUUAUGGGGUAUUGUGUUGCUGCCAGUGACAUAAUUUUAAUUUAAUUUAGGCUUUAACAACAAAAGUGGAAAAAGUAAAUGGGUGUGAAUACUUUCUGAAGGCACUGCAUGUGGGAAAUUUGAUAACUGGUAUAUAUAUUCAUAAAAUACUUUUAGAAUAUUGCAAAUAUAUUUUCAUAUUAAAAUAUUGCUUUUUGAUCAUUUGUUCAUUUUGUGUGUGUAUGUGGUUUAAAAGCAUUUUCUGAUCUUCAAUCAUGAGGCCAUGCUCAUCUCAGUUGGUGAGAAAUAUUGCAAAUAGACAGUUCAUGUGCUUCUUCUUGAGCCACUCCUUUGUUGCCUGGGCUGUGUGUUUUGGGUCAUUGUCAUGCUGGAAUACCCAUCCACAACCCAUUUUCAAUGCACUGGCUGAGGGAAGGAGGUUCUCACCCAAGAUUUGACGGUACAUGGCCCCGUCCAUCGUCCCUUUGUUGCGUGAAGUUGUCCUGUCCCCUUAGCAGAAAAACACCCCCAAAGCCUAAUGUUUCCACCUCCAUGUUUGAUGGUGGGGAUGGUGUUCUUGGGGUCAUAGGGCAGCAUUCCUCCUCCUCCAAACACGGCACGUUGAGUUGAUGCCAAAGAGCUCCAUUUUGGUCUCAUCUGACCACAACACUUUCACCUAGUUGUCCUCUGAAUCAUUCAGAUGUUCAUUGGCAAACUUCAGACGGGCAUGUAUAUGUGCUUCCUUGAGCAGGGGGACCUUGCAGGUGCUGCUGGAUAUCAGUCCUUCACGGCGUAGUGUGUUACCAAUUGUUUUCUUGGUGACUAUGGUCCCAGCUGCCUUGAGAUCAUUGACAAGAUCCUCCAGUCUAGUUCUGGGCUGAUUCCUCACCGUUCUCAUGAUCAUUACAACUCCACGAGGUGAGAUCUUGCAUGGAGGCCCUGGCCGAGGGAGAUUGACAGUUCUUUUGUGUUUCUUCCAUUUGCGAAUAAUCGCACCAACUGUUGUCACCUUCUCACAAAUCUGUUUGGGCCUUGUAGCCCAUUCCAGCCUUGUGUAGGUCUACAAUCUUGUCCCUGACAUCCUUGGAGAGCUCUUUGGUCUUGGCCAUGGUGGAGAGUUUGUAAUCUGAUUGAUUAAUUGCUUCUGUGGACAGGUGUCUUUUAUACAGGUGUCGCGUCUUUACUGUCAUUUAGUUGAAGACUUAUAGUUUUUAUCAAAGAUUCUCUGUAAUUAGUAUUACACGAUCAACUGAUUAAUCAUGUGACUGUAAUUAACUAGGAAGUCGGGGCACCAAGGAAAAAUAUUCAGAUUACAAAGUUAUCAUUUCCUAAAAUAACUUUUCAGAUAUUUUAUCUGAUCAAUUAGUCUUCUAAUUAAUGAUUUAUUUACUUUAUCUCACGUUAGCCUCAUUCCAAACGUCGUAAAUUGUUGGUUAUCUGCACGAUCCCAGUCUUCACUAUGAGUCAUCAUACAUCAAUUGUCUUAAAUCAUUUAUUUAUUACUAACUAAAUAAUUCACAGAAAUGCAUAAACAAACAAACAAGGUAAAUAUGGUUACAUGAAAUGAUAGGGGAAUGUGCCCUAGUGGGCUAAACCGGUAUCGCGGCUUGUUAGACAAAAGGGGAAGUGGGGGUCAACUGAGAUGAGACAUCACAAAGUUGAUAAUUAUAACUAUUGAAAUGCUAAUCCUUUGCACAUGAGCGCUCACUCAUUCGGGAACAAUAGCAAUCAAUAUAUAUAUUUACGCUCAGUGUGGUGUCGGGAUCUUUGUUGAAAAGUUUGUUUCUGCUGGAAAGUUUUGUCCGUCUCUCUCUCUCUGUCUUGGUUAGAAGGGAUAGUUCAGAGCGACAUUCAUUCAUGUUGUAGAAUGGAUGUUUUGGCGGUUGUCGUUCUUCGCGUUCAAUGAUACCGAAUUCCUAGCUGCAGACUAGUAAUUAAUAUCAAAGACUUGUUCUUAUUCUGUCGGUAUUGAUAGUCUAAGAGUUUAACCAUGUGGUAUGGUUAAAAGAUUCAGCAAUGGUCUACAACCUUCGUCCUCUCCUAAUGGAGAAAAACAUGGUCUGGUGAUAAUUUCUCAAAGUUGGGUUUUAUUUGGAAUUGCAAAAAAGGGGCUGUCCUAGGAUGCCUGACCCUAACUGGGCUCAGGGGCUGUCCUCUGAUUUAGUUCAAAUCAAAAGGGAAUUGUAUUUUCCUUCAUUAAACAGUCCAAAAUCAUAUUACACAAUUUUACAAACAGUAUCAUACUCACUCAUUCAUCUUAUACAACAAUUAGAUGUAAACCUCAUAUCUGAGGCUAUUAUAUGAACAGCAUUCUGGUCAUGUGGCCACACCGUCUCCCAUGAGCUUCCCCAAGUUGUAUCAAACGGACCAGUUCGUAGCUGGAUUCUUCACCGAUCUUUUAUACUUUCUCCGGGAACAUGAAAUUUGUUCGUACCUCAAGUUCUGUGAGGUGGAAGGAUUUCCUAUGUUCUCUAUGAAAAUUUACUCUCUCUAUAAUGUGUGUCCAUGAGGAGAUCCUCAGGAAUUUACGACGUCUCUCUGACCACAGCAGCCUAGUUGAAGGAGGAAAGGGGGAGGCAAAGAGGGCAACAUUAUGACACAGGUAACAAACUGAGAUUAGGAGCACUCCCUUUAAGAGUGUGCCCCUAAUCUCAGCUCGUUACCUGUAUAAAAGGCAUUUGGGAGCCAGAAAUCUUUCUGAUUGAUGGGGGUCAAAUACUUAUUUCCUCAUUUAAAAUGCAAAUCAAUUUCUAACAUUUUUGACAUGUUUUUCUGGAUUUUCUUUGUUUAUUCUGUCUCUCACUGUUCAAAUAAACUUACCAUUAAAAUUA